AUGAGACGACUGUCAAAGCUUGUAGGUCAACUGUCAAUUAGUGAAGAAGAAGAAAAGCCUCCUCAAACUCUUCGACAAGAUGUUAAUCCAUCAUCAGCAUCAUCAUCAAUUAACAAACAUCAACGAACCAUUAUCUUUCUAGGAUGUGGUGGUUCAGGAAAAAGUUCAAUCAUGAGAGCCAUUCAUCCCAUACCCGAAUUCCUAUCUCUCAAACUUAUCGAUUACAUGUACGAAAACAUCCUAAAUAUUCCAACAUUUAUUUUGGGCACUGAUUUUGGAAAGGAAUUGAAAAAACGUAAAAAUCAAGAAUUUUUCGAAAAUGAAUUUAAUCAUCACAGUUUAAUGAUUUAUAUGGCAAAAACUGCAAGUAUUUGGGAUGAGGAAUUUGCAAAGAAAAUUUAUUCAAUGUGGUGGGAUCCUGGUUUUCAGAAAUUUGUCUUUGAAAGGAGGAGCAGUUUCGCAUACAUGGAUGCAGUUCAUUAUUUUAUACAGCAACGAAAUUUUAAGAGGAUAAUGAGGAGUGGAUUUCAUCCGUGCAGAGAGGAUACCUUCUAUUGCAUGAUAAAGACGACUGGAUUUGUGGAAAUUUCGUACAGGAGUGGAUAUGUUUGUGUGGAUAGUGGAGGUCAGAGAACUGAACGAAAGAAAUGGCCAAUCCACCUGCAAUAUGAAGAGGGAAAAGUCAUUUGUUUUGUGGUUUCUCUUUCAGAGUUUGAUGAAUUGUGUUAUGAGGAUGAUGUUACCAAUCGAUAUGAAGAGGGAUUAUCAAAUUGGGACACGUGGUAUCAUAAUGAACUAGUUCAAAAAUUGCCAAUUUAUAUCAUAUUUAACAAGAUGGACGUUUUGGAGAGGAAGGUAAAGAAUGGAAUUAAAUUUUCUGAUUAUGUCAAGUCCUAUGAUGGUGAUGAUAAUGAUCCAGAGGCAAUUUCAGAAUUUAUCAUUCAAAGAUAUUUGGAAAUUGAUACAUUCUUUAAUAGAGUUGUGAAACAUUUUAAAAUUUCUGCCAACAACUUUGAUCAAUGUGUUAAUACUAUCAAUGAGAUAUUCCACAUUGAUGAGAGGUAUUUUGGAAUUCAUGACUUUAGAAGAAUUGUUGAACAUCUUCUUGUUGGUCUCAAAGAAAUGGAGCAAAGCAGGAUUCAAAGUUCCCAUUGA